GUCACCUAUUCAUGGGAGGAGUGGAAAGGUUUAGUUUAGGCCUCCCAGAGACCUUGCAGGCAUUUCCUCCUCCCCAAAUAUCCCAGCCUCGAUCGUCCUGAGAACAGCUCUGGGACCAUAGGCUGGGGGUCGGUGGGAUCUUGGGCCUCCCUUCCCGGCUGCUGGGUCUGACCCCAGGGCCCAUCAUGCCAGCUGGCUUGGCCCAGGUCCCAGAGAGCCUGGUGGAUGUGUACUUGGGGCUUGGGCUGGAGGCUCUGCUGGUGCCCAGUGCCAAAGGCCUCUGGGUGUAUUUCAGGAACAAUAAAGAAUAAAUCAACACAAGAGAAAAGGGCCUGCAGCAGCUGCUCAGAGACUGGAGAAACGCAAGGAAUGUGUGAGCCCUUGGCAGAGGCCCUGGAUCCUGACCGGGGCCUGAGAAAGGCCGGGGCACGGACCAGAGAGCUGCACGAGUGGGGCAGGCGGCGGGCUCUCUGUGCCUGCUCUGCAGCCCAUCUGGGAGGCCCCAGGCAGUCAUGCUGUGAGCACGGCCCCCCCACUGCUGGCAGCAAGUUUUUGUGCUUCUUGGUUACUAACAGGUAUUGGGGAGCCAUAGUGUCCCCAUUCUUAUCUCCAAACCAGCAGGACGACCCCCUAAAAAACUCCCCUCCCUGCCGUCCCCCGGCCAUGAAGUAAGGUCUUCGUUCCUUCUGCAGCUGGCCAGGCAGGAGAGCCAGAGCUGAUGAAGACACUACACACUAGACAUCCCCCCCCAUCCCCCUGCUUCCUCCUGAGAAGAAGAGGCAGCAGUGCCAGGUCUGAGGGAGUGCGGAGAACAUCUCCUGGGAGGCCCUGACCACCGCUCUAUCCAAGUAAUCAGCCAUGUGUUCCUGGGCAAAUCAUGUUACCUCUCAGGGCUUCAGUCCCAUCAGCCAUGAAAUUGAGAUUUGGACCAGUGAUCUUUGAGAUGGGUGGACACUAUCUGUCUUCCUUACUCAGGAUGCUCAGUAAACAACCUUUAUUUAGUGAUUUCACUUCUUGAGAAGAAACCCUUCUGAGAGCCCCAUGCAGGGAGGUGGCUUGUCGUGCUGGGGCUGAUGCACAGUGCCCCGGGUGGGGGCCAUUGGCACUAGUAGGAACCCAGGCAUGGGACGGACUUGACCCAGAUUUCAGGGUGCCAGCGGAGGGGGCAGGAGCCUGGGCCCCAUGGGGAUUUGGGGCGAGUCACGGCUUUAUUUUUAAAGAGCUGUUGGCCAGCCGUGGGUGUGGGGUUGGAGAGUGUGGGAGGGAUGUGGCUUCCUCUUGAACUGAAGAUGUUGAGCUUCAGAGGUUGGCCCAGUGGUGGUAAUCACCAGUAGCGUCUUCAUCUUCAAAGCCACUUGCCUCCCAGGCCUCUCGCUUGCCUUUCCUGACCAGUCUCACUUCCAGGACGUGAGAGUGCUUUUCAGGCUAGCUGAAGCCACUCUCCAGGGAGAAGCUGUGAACAGCCCAGAGGCUGCUGCCAUCCAUCCCCAAUAGCCUGAUGUGCACCCAAGCAGGAGGGUGAGCCUGAGGCCUUCCAGAAAGGGCUCUGGGUCUCAGCCCUGGCAUUGCCUCUAUACUCCUGUGACCUCAGAUCUGCAGGUGCCUCGUUGAGAAAGGGGAGUGUGAUAAUACCUGCCUUGUCUUAAGGACUCAACAGGAGCAUGUGUGUGGAGUGCUCAGCACCAUGCUUGGCAUAGAGCAGUGCCCUCAAGAAAUGUCAGAAGUGGUGACGAUGGCAAAGUAGAAGCCUUAUUGUUGUGAUAUUGGGGUUUCACCUCGGCCCCAGGCCCUGCCCAGUGUCUUGCCAAAAGUUGGGGCCUCCUAAAUGGAGGCAUGAAGCUUUGUUCUUGGCGUCCUUGAUUCUGGGCUUUGAUUCUUGCUCCUGGCUGUGUAACUGCAGGCAAGUUUCUUUCCUUCUCUGGGCUGCUUUGUGGCGCGAGGGAUUGGACGGAGUGAACUCCGACAUCCCUUGAUAUCUGGAAUCUGUUCCGCUUCCCCAGCUGUGCCCUGCUUUGGUAGUUAGCUCCGAAGAGAGGCACAAGCCACCUUUCUCCGUGUGGUGUGGGGGCUCUUAUUCCAGAGGGUGAUCCUGCUAACUCUGCAGCUCCAAGCUCACCCCUGCAGCCCUCCCACCUCAAAGCCCUGUGGGCUCUCCUAGCUUCCAGGGGGUCUUACAGAUGCUCCUGCUCUUGAGGGAAGCCUGUUUCUGCAGACUGGGGCUGGGAUUGUUUCUUGGGAGGAAGUGUUAUAUACUAUGCUCUACUUGGAAAUGGCCCCAGGAAAAGCAGCAGUUCUGGGAGGGAGCAUGAGAAAGGGGAGGGUCCCCCGCUGGCUUUGUGGGGUUCUUGUGUGUAGUAUUCUUUCCAAAGUCCACAGCAAGUACAGAUUUGGGAUUUGGGGAUCAUCCUUCCCAUCUCAUGGAAGGGUGAUGGAAAGACCGGGGACUUCGAAGGCAGACAAAAUUUUGAAUCUUGCUUCUGCCACCUUAAUAACAGAGCCUCAGUUUUCCUCUGUAGAAUGGGCACAAUGAGGUGCCUGGAUGGGAAGUUCGUGUGCGUGGAUUAGGGUAUGUCAAGUACCUGGCAUGGGGGGCGUGCUCUGUAAAUGUUAGCUUCCUUCUUUUGGGAAGGAUCUGCCUUUUGGACAUUCUGUAGACUGGCUGGGGGAGUGAAAAUAUUUGCUUGUGGCCAUUUUCCCAGGGAGGAGCAGGGCAGCAUUAUAAGCUGUUACAUCCCUAAAGGGCACUCCCUCCCCAGCUGUUUUAAUUCUGGGAUCAAGCUUGGGGUCAGGUUCAGUGUGUGUCUGGUGUGGGGGAUGGGAGAGGGGCUAGCCAGGCACUUGCAAAAGUCUGAGAUCUGCGGCUUCCUAGGGCUGUGCAGUAGGUGUGGAGAACAUGGUCUGAGUAAGGAGGGAGUGGCCUUUCUGAGCUGUGAGAACUUGACUAGUUACUUCUAACCUUCACUUCCUGUAAAUUCCCCAAAUUUCUUUCUAUUUUUUGAUUUCUAAUUUUAUCUCAUUUUGAUUGGAGAACAUACUUUGUAUGAUUUCAACCUUUUCAAAUUGAUUGAGACUUGUUUUAUGGCCUAAUUUAUACUCUAUCCUGGAGAAUAUUCUCUGUACCCUUGAGAAGAGUGUAUAUUCUGCUGUUGUUGGGUGGAGCGUUCUGUGGAUAUCUGUUAGGUCUGUUCUUUGUUGAUCUUCUGUUUAGUUGUCCUAUCCAUUCUUGAAAGCGAAGGCUCCAAUUAUUAUCGUUGAAUUGUCUGUUUUCCCCUUCAAUUCUGACAGUUUUCGCUUCAUGUAUUUUGGGGGCUCUGUUGUUAGGUGUAAAUAUGUUUAUAAUUGUAAUACCCUCUUGAUGGAUAGACACUUUCAUCAUUAUAAAGUGUCCUUCUUUGUUUAAUAAGAGUUUUUGUCUUAAAGUCUAUUUGGUCUAAUAUUAGCAUAGCCAUUCCAGCUCUCUUUUGGUUACUGUGAGCAUGGUAUAUCUUUUUCCAUCCUUUUACUUUCAACCUAUUUGUGUCUUUGAAUCUAAAGUGUGUGUCUCUUGUUAAUAGUUGGAUCAUGUUUUUUUUUAACCUGUUUUCCCAACCUCUGCCUUUUAAUUGGGGUGUUUAACCUAUUUACAUUUAAAGUAAUUAUUGAAAAGGUUGGAUUUAUGCCUGCCAUUUUUGCUGUUUGAUUUCUAUGUGUCUGAUGUCUUUUUUUUGUUCCUCUCUUACUCCAUUACUGUCUUCUUUUGUGUUACAUGCGUUUGAGUAUACCAUUGCAGACCUAUAAAAUGGGACAAAGAAGGGUGAGGGUUAAAUAAGAUGUUGCCUGCAAUAUGCUCAGCACACUGUCCGGCAGAUACUAAAAGCUCAGUAAACAUGGGCACGCAAGUUGGGCCUUAGGCUCUGUAAGAGCCACGAUCGGUCAGCCCUAGGGCUCAUGGCACACCUCAUGCCUCCUGGGCAGGGCACAGCACCCUGGCAGGUGGCUCCCAGGGGAGUAAGGAGCAGCGGGUCCUUGGAAAGUGCACAGUGCCAGGCCCUGACCCUCUAGCCUCUCCUCGGCUCCAGCACCCUGGCACCACCUGGGCUGCUUAGGAAGCACUGAGGAUUUCCCACCUUGAUCCUGCGCCCUGUUACCAGACCCAUGAACUAAUCUUUCAGGGUGGGUUUGAGAACCACGGCUCCACGUUGACAGGCAGCGGAGUGUGAUAGAGACCUGGUUUGGAGUUGGCAGGCUUGGAUUAGAAUCCUGGCUCCUAACUCAGGACCUCAGGCUGUAACCUAGAACAAGUUACCUUUCAGAGCCAAUCUUUCCUUAUUUCUCAGAUGGGGAUACGUGGUUAUACAAGUAAGCAAUACUCACACACAUUGGACAUGUGGGCAGUGCUGGUGGCUGCUAUUUACUGUGGCAGUUGCUCAUUACAAAGGUGAUUCCUGGACACAGGCCUUGUUCCCCCACCCCACCCCUGGCUCCUAAAUUCCUCAAAGGCAGAAACCAGUGAGUGGUGGGUCCUCGACCAGAUGCCGGGUUACCUGAUGACCAGUUCACCACCUUCUCCAUUGGGCCACUGCUUCCAGGCCCUGCUUCUCCCAGCCUUGCUGUGGAAGCAGAAGGGAAUUGCAAAAGCCUUGUGGGCUAGUGGUUAACACCAAGUAAGAGCAUGAAGAUUCAGAAAGGGUGAGAACAGUAUAUGCCAGAGGGCUGCCUGGAGGAGGUAGGCUUUGAAGGGAGGCAGGUUGUCAGAGUGGAGGCAGGGCUGGAACAGCUCCAGCAAAGGCUCCAAGUCAGGGAACUCUCCCCAGGAUCCCCUAUUCCCAGCAUGUAUCUCAAGCCUCAGGACAGGCCACCUUACAUUAUAAUCAAUGUGUGUUUCUGAUUUUCUCCCCCACUGGACUGGGAGCUCUGUGUUGAUAGGGACUGUACCUCAUCUCCUGUGUCUCCCCAGAGACUGGCUUACAGCCAGAUCUCAGCAGAUGCUUGUUGAGUGGAUGAAGGGGCAGUGGACAGACCUGCAGGGUUACAGAGAGUGCGUGUGUGUGGGAGGGAGGAGUAGGCAAGGCAAGGCCAUGAUAAGGGAGGUCCCUGGAGUGGCCUUCUCUGUAUGUUGGUCUGGGACGGAGUCUGGCACUGGCGCUCAGGCACAGACUCCAGGGAACCCUGCCCUAGAACAGCUGUCGAGCCAGGCCCUUUCAGAAAGAGAGUCAGGUCCUUCUGGAAGUGGAGCGGGGAGCUGGAGCAGCCUCUGGUGGCGUGAGGGUAUAGAGAGGGGUGUGAAGUCUCCAUGAAGCCCUCUCCAGAGGCUCAGUCACUGAAGGGCUGGCUGCAGGGACACUUGCUUUUUCUCUUUUCUAGAGAGUCUAAGCCUGCCAGCUUCCACUUUACCCCCUGGGAGUCCCAAGUCCUGCAGAAGGGGAUUUCCUCAACUGCCUGUGAUCCUUUGUGGCCCUUGCCUGGGAGGGAGGCAGCCAGUCCUGCCGAGUGUGGGCAAAAGCUGGGCCUGGAGAAUCCGUCCUUUCCUGGCUCUGCCUAGGACUCGAUGUUUUCCUGUGCCUCAGCUUCCCUCUUGUAAAGUGGACCUGGUUAUCCAGACUUUGAUGGACACCCUGCAGGUGUUUGUAGGGCAGUGGAGGAGAUGAUAAAGGUAGAUGCCUGAAUGAAGCCCUGGGGAUGCCUCAUAAGGCAAAGGAUCUCCUCUCACAUGUAUCCCUUUAAAAGCAUCUCAGUAUUGGCAUUUUUAUAGUCAAAGUUCAGACUACAGGCAGCUUGAACCCUGGCCAAGCCUCUGAGCCUGUCCAGCUUGACGGCUGAGACCCCUGGGACUCAUGACGCCCCGGCCUAUCAGCCUGGCCUCUGCGUUUCAGGGCUGAAGUUCAGUCUGGAGAAGUGAUAAUCCGGAGACUCCCCCUGGACUGGGAACAGACACAUCACGGGGCCUACUCUCUCACGUACCCAAGGGAAGUGACACUUGUGGGAGGCAGGUCCUCAUCUCUGUGGCUGGCGUCUCCUUCCUUAUUGGUUUUACAUACCCCUUGAGAACAGGACUUGUGUGCCCAGUGGCUUAGAGAAAUGGGGCCCUUCAGCCUGGGCGUGAACUCCCAGUGAGAGGAGGGCACACAGCAUUGAGAUGAUUGCACUGUGCCCAGGGGCAAGGGCUACCUAGGGCCUGGGCAACUCUAGCUGGUCCAAGAUGGCAGUUUCAGGCCACUCGCCCAGUCUGGCUGUAGCCAAAGGCCCUCGAGUAUCUGAGAGAGAGAUUUUCAGGCUGGAGGGCCAGCUGGGCCAUGCUGGGCUCCUCCAGGGGGGCCCCGCCUCACUGCCCUGGGCAUCUUAGCCAGACAGCUUGGUGUCUUUAGGCUCAGCCCAGUCAUGUCGGAGCACAAGGUAAGCAGAUCCACAGGCUCAUGUCCCUGGCCUUGGUCUGGGCAGGAGUGAGAAGCCUUGAGGGAAGAAAAAUGGGGCCGGGGGCAGCAGUGGGGCUGGCACUUUCUCAGUUGUCCUCCACGUAGUGUGGGGCAGUGAGUGAUAGUCAAGGGGCAAGUGGCUUAUGGGCCUACAGCUGGGGAAGGGUUUGUGCUCAGCUUAGUUGGAUAGGGCCCUGGGCCACUGAUGGUAGGGGCUGGGGUGGGGUUAGGAGGCUGGGCCUCUUCGCUUCAUCUCAGUAUGCUGUGCACAAGAGCUCUGAUCUGCAUCAGGGAGAGAGACCGGAAGUCAGGGCUGGACAAGAGCCCAUGGUGGACACACUGGCCGUGAGCAGUGGCUCUGCCCAGGCAUGGCUCUGACUCACCUUGGGCGCAGUCUUGAAUGAGCAGCCUAAGAGGCAGGUACGAGCCAAGUGCCAAGGUACAACGAUUUGCAGACUCUGCCCCCUGAAGCUUUCUGUCUGCUGGGGACUAAGAAAUAGGCACCUGAAAUUCAGUGUUCUGAGCCCAGUCAUGGGGCUUAGGAGGUAUUAUGGGCUCAGAGUGUAGUCCCUGGCUCAGAGGAAGCAGUGCCUGAGAGCUGCGGGGUGAGUAGGACUUGGUCAGAUGAAAAGGUUGGGAAGGUGUGCUGGGCAGAGGAACUGCCUGGUCACAGACCUGGAAGCAGAGCAGGAACAGCAUAUUGGAGCAGGAAUAGCACUGAAUGAUGGCUUCAGCAUGGAGUGUGGAGAAAAGUGGCAGGAAUCCAAGUCUGCAGGGACUUGUGGGCUGGGUAGGGAGUUUAGAUUUUGUCCUAAGAUAGCCUCUUUGGUGCUCAGUGAGUGAGCUGGCUGGCCUAGAGAUUCGGGGCCUUGUUGGGUGCCAUGUUUGGGUCUGUUUGCCUUGGGCUGGAGAUGCAUGAGCUGUGACUCCCCCUCUUCCUGCUGCUGAGUUUGUGGGGCCAGGGGUGGCACAGGUAAGAGCAGGAGCUUGGAGCAGUAGCCUUCCAGGGUCAGGGGGUCCUUCACUUGGCUCUCAUCCCCAGGUCAGAGCUGAGCCCCCGCAGCCACUGGGACCAAGCCGGGCACCCCUUUCCUGGCCUGUAUAAUCUUGACUCACAACAAAACUGGAGUUGGAUGCCUGCACUGAGUGCCCCAAGGUUGUCAGUGGCCCUGGUCCCCUCCGUGGUUAUGGCCUGGCCCCACUGCCCUGUGGUGAGGGCUCACUGGACUCUCCCAGCCUAUGUCACACAUGCGGCUGGGCUGCUGACAGCAUGUGGGGAGCCGUAUGUGUUCGAGUUGCUGUCCUUGGAGGGCAUGGUGUCACCACCAGCACAGAACACCCAACAGCCUUUUCAGCACCUUCCCUCACGUGUCUGCAGAACACAUGUGGGUUUAGCACUGUUUUCUUUUCUUAGCGCAUGUUGCUUUCUUCUGUAGAGAGAAAGUGUUUCUCACCGUAGAUCCUCCUGAAAGCCCCAGAGGUCCCUGCCUGUUGAAAUCAGAUGCUGGCUGUGUCUUCUGCCCAGGGCUGUCUGUGGUGUGGUCAGGGACUGGUUGCAGCAGCGAGGCUCCUGGAGGAAGGGCAGAGUGAAUGGAGCCUUGACAGACAGUCAAACAGACUGAUAGAGUGGGUGUGAGUGUCUGGGGCCCCAUGAUGUCUGUGGGUUUCCUUUUGCAGUGUUUCUGCAUCCGUUGUCAGAGGCCCUGCAGCCGGUCCCAAGGGUGAGCUGCCUGCAGGAGUUCCUCAUUACACCCUCUUCCCUGCAACUUCAGGGAGUUGGCCCAUUGGUUGGGAGCCUUCAGAAAGGAUGGCUUGCUUCCUCUGCCUCACUGUGAGGAAGACCCGGCUGACUUCCAUCUGAGGGACCGAGGAGGAGGGCUGGGGCAGAAGAAAUGGGAGGAAGUGGCUCAGUCCUGGCCAGAGUUGUAGGCUGUGAGGUAUGAGUGGGGUAUGAGAGCUGGAAACCUCACCAACAGCCAGCAGAACUGAGGCAGGGGUGGGCUUGCAUGGGCUGGAGGGUCCAGGUCUGGAGAGUGAGGUGGAAGUGACUAGUGCAGUCUCAGGCCUCCCUGUGGGUGGACCGCCCACACCUGCUGGUGCCUCUGUGGGGCGGCCCCCCAGCCCUUCCCUCCCUUCCUGCGGGUCUGAGGGUCUCAGCUCUACUGGGGCAGAAUAGGAGAGGUUUACCUGCCAACAGUUCAGGUAUGGGUAAGGGGCGUCCUGGUGCCAAUGAGGAGGGAUAUCUGUGUUUGGAGAAUCCUUGCUCUGAGACUGUCGGGAGCGUGCUGUGGGAGGGAGGUGUGCAGAAAGGGCCUGGUGUCUUAGCGGCAUGUCUUAGGGAUAAGAAGUAAGAGCUUGGUCUUGGAGUCAGACAGACCUUGGAGUCAGACAGGCCUAAGUUCAAGCCCUGGCUCUGCAGCAUAGGUACCAUGUGACCACUGGCAAGUUAUUCAGCCCUUUGGAGGCUGUCUAGCUCCCCUGUAAAAUGGAGGUUAAAAUAACAAUGCUCCAUGCUUUUUGGCUUCAUGCUGCUUUAUAAAGCUGUUGUGGGAAUUAAACAUGCACAGAGUACUUAGGCGCUGCCUAGCACAGGUGCAGUUAUUUAUUAUUAUUAUUACAACUACUAGCUGCUGCUGCUGCUACGACUACCAGCACCACUACCACAACAUACCCUACUACACACCCUGCUGCCUUGGUGCAUCCCCUCCCCUCCUACCUUCAGGGUUCCCAGACAUCCCCCCAACCCCCCCGCACAGAUGACGACCUUUCUUCUCUGAGGGUCCCAGGUCUGGGUGUCUGUGCUCUUACCAUCGUUAGCAGCCUUCCAGUGCCGGGCGGAUGAGGGGGGUACAGGGAGGCUUCUGCAGAAGCUUCAGCCUCCUCAGAAUUGGCCCCCUUGAUUUCUUCUAAACAAGUCCCUGGCCCAGCUUUGGAGACCUACUGUGGUGUCAGGAGUGAAGGCCCUCCUUGAUGUGCAGGGUGGGGGGUGGGACGCAGACCAGACCUGACCAGAGGGUUGCAGGUGAGCCAGCGCCUGCUGGAGCCGGAGCAGCCCUGCCUUGAAUCCCCUUUCACAGACUCCACCCCCCUUCUGUCUCUCCAACCCAACGCGGGCAGCCACCCUCCCGUAGGCGCCGAGGCCAUCCCUGCGCCUGGGCACCCUCCAUCAUGCACACACUUGCACGUGCACCCAGGCCCAUCUGCCACGUGUGCCUUCCCUUCCUCCAAGCCCAAGCCUGUUCUGUGGCUCAUCAGGCAACAGGGCUGUGAUUGGGGGGGGGGUGGGGAGGAGGAGGGUGCCUGUACUGUCGGGGGAGGGGAGGCUUCCAGUUCCCUGGAUCCCUGGAGGCAUGUGGAACUGCCAACUUCACCGCCCCUCCCCCCCCCCCCCCCACAGAGCACGUUCUUCCUUCCUCUGUCUUGCUUCUGCAGACACACACGUACUUGUAGUUGGUACAUUCUGAUUGGAGAGGCAGAGCCGGACUCCUGGAGCUGGGACAGUCCCACUCUGCCGCUUCACGAUGGCGCCCAGGGCUGUUUUCAGUCUAGGGGCCAGCUUCUGGGUCUCUGCCCUGGAUUGGGUCGGCUCUUAGGCAAUGAGAGUUUAAAAGCAAGAGAAAGGGGUUUGUUCAGAAGGUGGUUUCCGUGGCCUCAGCACUCUCUGCUCUUCUGAACCCUCCCCUGGUGCGGGGGCCUGGGUCACUCGGAUGUCCUCCUUGUGUCCCCCUCCCUCAGCUUCCAUAUGCGAGACAAAAGGGGUGCCGCUCUCACUCACAGCAGGGCCGGGAGCUGCGGAAGGAAGUGGAGGAGGAAGUUCCUCCCCUUCUGGGUGCUGGGUGAAAGUGAAAGGCACCAGGGGGCCGGAGUGAGUCACGGCCGCUGGGGAGGGGAAGGGCUGGGGAGCUGCGGAAGCGUGCUGAGGAGCGAUAGCGCGGCCGCCGCCCCGGGGCCAGGGGCAUCGCCGGGGUAGCCAGGCCUUCAUACCGGAACCUGCCCGGCGUGCCCGGCCAGCCCUGCUCCGGCGCCCCGCGGCUGGUUUUCUGGGAACUCCCGGGGCUGCUUGUCGAUGACCUGGGCCGUCUAGGUCCUGACGCCUGAGGUCAGCCUGGACCUGCAGAUUUAUUCGCGGGGGCUUCCUGAGCGCCCCGCCUCUCCCCUCCCCUUCUGGACUGACUGGCGCAGGAUGGGAAUCUUAGCAGGGGGAAGAGGUGGGCCCUGUAGCUCCCACCACCCCCAACUUCCCAGAGAGGCUAACGAAACAAAACAAAAGAAAAAACCAACCCUCUCUGAAGAAAGAAAAAGUCUUUAAAAAUAUAUGCAAGGCUCCAGGGCCCUGUGGAACAUCAUGAACUGGGAAGAGUAGAGGAGCCCGAGAGCCUCUGCAAAAAGGAAGGAAGAGCCAGCAGUUCUUUCUCCCUGUGCCUGACCGCAUCAUCCAGCAUUUUCCCUGCCCCUCUCUGGCUGCUGGACUAGGGCCGAGCUUCCAGCAGGAUCAUCCCCCAGGGGAUGGGCAACUGGUGAAGAAGGUCUCACUGCUGGGGCCCAGCUGACCACACCAUGAACCUCCAGGCCCAGCCCAAGGCUCAGAGCAAGAGGAAGCGCUGCCUCUUCGGGGACCAGGAACCAGCUCCCAAGGAGCAGCCCCAAACCCUGCAAGCCCCACAGCAGCCCCUGCCCCCUCCGCAGUCCAGAGUGAAGGAGGAGCCUUACUUUUCGCACGAGGGUCCGGCAGGAGCUGCCCCUGCCUCCCAGCCUGUGGAACUGCCCCCUUCCAACAGCCUGGCCCUGCUGAACUCUGUGGUGUAUGGGUCUGAGCGAACCAUGUUGUCCCAGCAGGUGGGCUCGGUCAAGUGGCCCAAUUCUGUGAUGGCUCCAGGGCGGGGCCCGGAUCGUGGCGGCGGAGGGGGUGUCAGUGACAGUGGCUGGCAGCAGCAGCCGGGCCAACCUCCACCCCACUCAACGUGGAACCGCCACGGCCUGCCCCUCUACAGUGGACCGAAGGGGAGCCCUCAUCCUGGCAUGGGCGUCUCUACCUACUAUAACCACCCUGAGGCGCUGAAGCGGGAGAAAGGAGGGGGGCCGCAGCUGGAUCGCUAUGGAAACGCUGUGCGGCCAAUGGUGCCGCAGAAGGUGCAGCUGGAGGUAGGGCGGCCCCAGGCACCCCUGAACUCUUUCCAUGUGGCCAAGAAGCCCCCAAACCAGACGCUGCCCCUGCAGCCCUUCCAGCUGGCAUUCGGCCACCAGGUAAACCGGCAGGUCUUCCGGCAGGGCCCACCGCCCCCCAACCCUGUCUCUGCCUUCCCGCCGCAGAAGCAGCAGCAGCAGCAGCAGGCGGCCCUGCCCCAGAUGCAGCUCUUUGAGAACUUCUACCCCAUGCAGCAGCCACCGUCUCAGCCCCAGGACUUCGGCCUGCAGCCUGCCGGGCCGCUGGGUCAGUCCCACCUGGCUCACCACAGCAUGGCGCCCUACCCCUUCCCCCCCAACCCCGACAUGAACCCAGAAUUGCGCAAGGCCCUCCUGCAGGAGUCAGCCCCGCAGCCUGUGCUACCUCAGGCCCAGAUCGCCUUCCCCCGCCGUUCCCGCCGCCUCUCUAAGGAGGGUAUCCUGCCUUCCACCGCCCUGGCUGUGGCUGGCACCCAACCUGGGCAGGAGCCUGCCAGCAACCUGUUCCUACAUCACUGGCCCCCCCAGCAGCCGCCACCCGGUCCCCUGGGGCAGCCCCAUCCUGAAGCUCUGGGGUUCUCGCUGGAGCUGAGGGAGUCACAGUUGCUGUCAGAUGGGGAGAGACUGGCACCCAAUGGUCGGGAGCGGGAGGCUCCCACCAUGGGCAGUGAGGAGGGCAUGCGGGCGGUGGGCACGGGGGACUGUGGGCAGGUGCUGCGGGGUGGGGUGAUUCAGAGCACUCGACGGAGGCGCCGGGCGUCCCAGGAGGCCAAUUUGCUGACCCUGGCCCAGAAGGCAGUGGAGCUGGCCUCACUGCAGAACACGAAGGAUGCCAGUGGCUCUGAGGAGAAGCGAAAAAGUGUAUUGGCUUCAACUACCAAGUGUGGGGUGGAGUUUUCUGAGCCUUCCUUAGCUGCCAAGCGAGCACGAGAGGACAGCGGGAUGGGGAUGGUACCCCUCAUUAUCCCAGUGUCUGUGCCUGUGCGGGCUGUGGACCCAACUGAGGUGGCCCACGCUGGAGGUGUUGAUGAGGAUGGAAAGGGUCCUGAACAGAACCCCGCUGAACACAAGCCGUCAGUCAUCGUCACCCGCAGGCGGUCUACCCGUAUCCCUGGGACUGAUGCCCCAGCUCAGGCUGAGGACAUGAACAUCAAGUUGGAGGGGGAAACUUCGGUGCGGAAACCAAAGCAGCGGCCGAGGCCUGAGCCCCUGAUCAUCCCCACCAAGGCGGGCACUUUCAUCGCCCCUCCCGUCUACUCCAACAUCACCCCGUACCAGAGCCACCUGCGCUCCCCUGUCCGCCUAGCCGACCACCCCUCUGAGCGGAGCUUUGAGCUGCCCCCCUACACACCACCCCCCAUCCUCAGCCCCGUGAGAGAAGGCUCCGGACUCUAUUUCAAUGCCAUCAUGUCGACCAGCAGCAUCCCAGCCCCUCCCCCCAUCACACCAAAGAGUGCCCAUCGCACCCUGCUCCGGUCUAAUAGUGCUGAAGUCACCCCGCCUGUCCUCUCUGUGAUGGGGGAGGCCACCCCAGUGAGCAUCGAGCCACGGAUCAAUGUGGGCUCCCGGUUCCAAGCCGAAAUCCCCUCGAUGAGGGACCGCGCCCAGGCCGCUGCAGACCCCCACAAGGCCGACUUGGUGUGGCAGCCAUGGGAGGACCUAGAGAGCAGCCGGGAGAAGCAGAGGCAAGUGGAAGACCUGCUGACAGCUGCCUGCUCCAGCAUUUUCCCUGGAGCUGGCACCAACCAGGAGCUGGCCCUGCACUGUCUGCACGAGUCCAGGGGAGACAUCCUGGAAACGCUGAAUAAGCUGCUACUGAAGAAGCCGCUGCGGCCCCACAACCACCCGCUGGCCACUUAUCACUACACAGGCUCCGACCAGUGGAAGAUGGCUGAGAGGAAGCUGUUCAACAAGGGCAUUGCCAUCUACAAGAAGGAUUUCUUCUUGGUGCAGAAGCUGAUCCAGACCAAGACCGUGGCCCAGUGCGUGGAGUUCUACUACACCUACAAGAAGCAGGUGAAGAUUGGCCGCAAUGGGACGCUAACCUUCGGGGAUGUGGAUACAAGUGAUGAAAAGUCUGCCCAGGAAGAGGUGGAAGUGGAUAUUAAGACUUCCCAGAAGUUCCCAAGGGUGCCUCCUCCCAAAAGAGAGUCCCCAAGUGAAGAGAGGCUGGAGCCCAAGAAGGAAGUAAAGGAGACCAGAAAGGAGGAGGAGGAAGAGAUGCUAGAGGCCCAGGAGAAGGGAGAGCAGGAAGAGGGGCGAGAGCGAAGCCGGCGGGCAGCGGCCGUCAAAGCCACACAGACACUACAGGCCAAUGAGUCGGCCAAUGACAUCCUCAUCCUCCGAAGCCACGAGUCCAACGCCCCUGGGUCUGCGGGUGGCCAGGCCUCAGAGAAGCCAAGGGAGGGACCAGGAAAGUCACGAAGGGCACUACCUUUUUCGGAGAAGAAGAAAAAAACAGAGACAUUUAACAAGAGCCAGAAUCAGGAGAACACUUUCCCCUGUAAAAAAUGUGGCAGGGUGUUCUACAAGGUGAAGAGCCGCAGCGCCCACAUGAAGAGCCACGCUGAGCAGGAGAAGAAGGCGGCCGCCCUGAGGCAGAAGGAGAAAGAGGCUGCGGCCGCUGCGGCCACUGCGGCCGCCUCUCCCCACCAGCCGGCGCUGCGGGAGGAGAGCGGCGCGGGCGAGAGGGGCUGACGCCCCGGGCCGGCCCCGGCCUCCUCGGACGCCCUGCCAGCGCCGGGAGCUCCGGAGGGAGCGAGCACGUGGACUCGCCUCUGCAAGACGAUUAGAUGAACGGCUCUGUUAUUCAUAAAGGCCCCAGGGGCAGUGUGAAGGGCUGCAGGAUCCAGUUCUCUUGCAUUUGGUCUGUCGGAAGCGGUCCUCCUGCUUUCCUGGGAUUGGGAGUCCCUGCUCGCCGGGGAGGGACUCCAGCGCUGCCGCCGCUGCCUCUCACACGGACCUCUGCCGCCACGCAGUCGCUUCUCUCCCUCUUUGUUCCCCCUGCUCCCUUCGGUCACCAUGGAGAGCCGAGCACAAGCGCGCCCCCUUGGCAGCAUUAAUCCCGCACCCCAGGAGGCCUGUACGGCGGCCCUGCCCCGAGCCCCGGAAAGAGGGACUCCUUGGGAAGGAGUGUGGGGGCCAUCUCCGGGAGGGAGCUCAGUCUGGCAUCUGUGCUGUGUCCCCCACGACAGUGUCCAGGCCAUGCUGCUCCAGUGGCUAUGUCCUCAGAGAGGCCACCUCCUCCCUGGGAGGGAGGCUGCCAGAACGGGUGCAGGGAGAGAGACCAGGAAUGGUACCGAUCCCUUUUACUGCUUGCUAGCAGCCAGCCUGCUGGGGCUGGAAGGUUUCCUCGGAUGUUUGGGGAAGGAGCCAAUGUUCUUGCAAGCUCUCAGUCUGCUGGAGGGAAGGAAAGUGUGCAGAGGAUGGAAGCGCAGGGUUGCUACAGGGCUAGGCCUGAGGGAGCUUUUGAUAAGCCUUGGCUCUUCCUGCUUCCCACCUUUUUGCCAAAUACCUUUGGGCCCUGGAGGCUGCUUAAGGGAGCUUGGCCUAGGCCCAGCCUGCCUCUCAUUGGUGCAAGUUCCCUGCCUGCCUCUGUCCUGCUCUUGGUAGCUGCCACCUAACCCCACCCCACCUGGUCUAGUGCUGAUAUCCACAGCUCAGCCCUCAGUCCUGCAGGCUGGAGAUUUCUGGAUCCUUCCCUGGGAGGGGGAGGUCUCCUCGCCAGAUUGGACAGGAGCCUUCAUUCCUUGACUUGUGUCAUUUGGGAGCUAUUUAUUUAUUCUUAAUAUUUAAUUUUUAACAUCCUCUCAGGGACCAGGGGCUUCCUCCUUUCCAGAGGCCCAAGUGCAUUUAUCCCCAAACAAGGCACCUUCUUGGCACCCCCCACCCCCACCCCCCAUUACCAAGACCCUAAAGUCCCUCGCCUCGUUGCUCUGGAAGUUUUGCCAACAGGAAUGAUAGUAGCACUGAAAGAGGGUGGAAAGGUAGAAGAUGUCAUAAAGCCACACAGAGACUGGCAGGAUAAAGGGAGAUCAAAGGAAGUUCUUGUUGCUACCUCUUCUCUGGCUGUACUUUCAAGUUGUCUGAGGGGAUUGGCUGGAAGCCAGAAUUCUGGUUUUGUUUCUGGCUUGGAGAAGCCAUAUUUGGAAGUGGAAGGGCUGGAAGAUUCUGGAGGCCCCUUCACUUGCCAGUUCCGUAGGAGGGCCGAGUUAUUUUCCUGAUCUUGCUUUUCAACUUUAGUUGCGUAAAAGAAGUUCUAAGUGAGUGCAUGUUAGGAAGGUGCCAAAAAGUAUUCAUCCUGCUACUCUACUGAGACAGCCUAAAGCAUCAUAUUGGUAGCUGGGAGUGGGGAGGGAGUUUUGUUUCUAAACUAUGCACUAUCGGGUAUUUUUUAGCAUUCAUUUAUGCAUUAAUAUGGUUAUACAUGAGCCCAGCUAUGGGAGGUAACAAAAUUCCCCCCCUCCCCAACUCCUGAUGGCUACCUAGACCUCUAACUUCCCAGUGAGUUUCUUCCAUAGGCUUCUGCAAGCUCAAUGGCCCAAGAUUGCAAAAAUCUGGUAUACCUUCCCAAAACAGGAGGGUAGCACAUUUAGGCUCUCUUCUAAAUCACGUGUGUAAUAUGAGUGCCUUCGCAGCUUUGCCCCAAAGUGCUACUUAUGUUUCCCAAGGUUUUUUCUAUUUAAACCGUAUUUAGUUUCAGGCCUCUUUUUGGACAUGUGGUGACGGAAACCUCCUUUGUCUAGAGUGAUUCUCCUCUUCUAAGCUCACGGAGACCUGACCAGGUGAAUAUUGGUGGAGAAAAUCAAGAUGGUACCUCUCUGUAUUAACACCACCAGACACCGUAUUUUAGAAGGGUGUAUGCUCCAGAAUGGAUUUAUAUCUAGAAUGAAUGUAAAAGGUAAAAUGUUUAGAGGGCAGAUGCAAUUGUGGCAAGUGACCUGCCAAUGAAGUAGGUGCAGCCAUAGAAGCUGGCAUAGGUAUAUCCUUUAUGGUGCUUUCUCCCUGUGAACACAUUAGGCUCGUAUUUUGCUUUCUGUUUUUCUUCUAUUUAGAGCUCUUUGCUUUAAGAAGUUAUAGGACAAACACAUUCAGCUUUAUAAUGUCCUCCCCACACCAUCUCACAUACCCAUCUCUCAGCCUCCAUCUACACUCAGCUAAGGACAUGAAACUAACCUAGUGCCUGUGUUCUAGACCAUUUCUGAGGUCUCUUACCCACCCACCAAGACAGUGCUUCAGCACUGUCCUUGCCUUCAGCAGCCCCCCUCACAGCUAAGGUACACACCCAUCCCUUCUGCUACCCCACUUCCACCCCUGGCACAGAGGUCGUGUGCUGCUUACUUGUCUAAAGGGAUCUCCUAUAUUUAACUGCCUCAGUGACCUAACCUCUUUCUUCUCAUGUGCCAGAUGUUAAGAUGAAGGAGGAAUACAACACAUACUCAAGCCUCAGCUGUUUAAAUAUGUUUUUACUGGGGCUCACUUUUCCGGGACGGUAUUUAUUACCAGACUGGCAAGCCUAACUCCUUAGGUUUACAGGAAGUAUGAAUAUAUUU